AAUGGCGUUGCCCUACAAAUGGAGAUGUGUGUGUAUGCUGCUGUUUUUAACCAUAAUAUGUAUUCUUGCAGCGAGUGACGAUAAAGACAAAAAACCUAAAAAGAAAAAAGACAUCCGCGAUUACAAUGAUGCGGAUAUGGCAAGGCUCUUGGAAGAAUGGGAGAAGGAUGAUGACAUUGAGGAAGGAGAUCUCCCAGAACACAGAAGGUCCCCACCACCAGUGGAUUUCUCAAAAAUAGAUGCUUCAAAGCCAGAAGAGCUCCUUAAAAUGACAAAGAAAGGCAAGACCUUGAUGGUGUUUGCCACUGUGUCCGGGGAACCCACAGAGAAAGAGACAGAGGAGAUCACCAGUUUGUGGCAAGGGAGUCUGUUCAACGCCAACUACGAUGUUCAGAGGUUUGUGGUGGGCUCGAACCGCGCCAUCUUCAUGCUCCGGGACGGCAGCUAUGCCUGGGAGAUCAAAGACUUCUUGGUCGGACAGGAGCGCUGCUCAGAUGUGACUGUGGAGGGCCAGGUCUUCCCUGGGAAGGCAGCGAAGAAGGACAGUCCAGGAAAGGAGCAGAAUGAAAGCAGCCAGAAGAAAAAGAACAAGACCGGGGACAAGAAAUCCAACAAAGCCAGCGGUAAAAACCGACAGGAGCUGUAGUGCUCCCCCUGGUCACAAUGAAUCCUCUGAGGGAAGGGUUCAGAGGUAUUGAAAAAGCACUUCUUUUCAGAUAUUCCACUAAGAAACCAUACUCAAUUCAGUCAUGACCGAUGAGGAUAUUUGAGAGGAUGUUUUAUGGUUGUACUGUAAUGGUUAAAGUUUCUGUUCCUUUAACCACACCACACAAGGAGUUAGUGUUAAACUGUUUCUUUUGAAGUUUAUUUUUUUUCUUUUCUUUUUUUUUUUCAUUUUCAACCAUUUUUACUUGUGUUAAUGACUAACCAUUCUACCAGUGUGCCCCUGCCUGGACUGUCCCAAUGAGUCUGCAUAAAUAUUUUUGUAAAUCAAGUCUUUAAUGACAUAAAAUUUAAAGUCUCAUUAUGUAUGAAAUUAUCACUAUGUUGAUGCUCAAUCUCACUCCCAGAAAAUAUGUGAAGAGUCUGUUGCCUUUUACAAUUGAGCUGCACAAGUUCAUGAAAUGUUUUGAGUAUUUUUUGCAUUCAUGACAUCAUGGCCACCUAGAAAAAUAUUGAAAUAAAUGUGAUCUAAAAUGUUUAUAAAGUGCCAAGGAGGUGUAAAAUGAGAUUCAGAGCCUUAGCAUGUCAGGUUGAGGAGGUGGUAGUGUUCAUAAUGUAUGAGAAUUGAAUCACUCAUCCUUCGUAUGGUGAACGGUACACCUGAUGUCCAAUUAUGGAAUAAAUGUUUUUCUAAAAA